CGCAGCAGCCAAUGCGCGGCCCAGGGAGGGGAGUUUGAAUCGGGACGGCCGGAGUCGGGGAGCGGCGCGCGGCGCGGAGCGAGGGGCCGGGAGCGGCGCUGCCGCCGCCAUGAGGAAGAGCGAGGUGCUGGCUGCAGAGUCCGUGGCAUGUCUGAACAAAGCGCUGGGUCACCUUCGGGAUAUCUGGGAGGAGAUUGGGAUCCCUGAGGAGCAGCGAUUGCAACGAACAGAAGUGGUGAAGAAGCACAUCAAGGGUCUGCUGGACAUGAUGGUGGCUGAGGAGGAGAACCUGAAGGAGCGUCUCCUGAAAAGCAUUGCUAUGUGUCGCAAGGAACUGGACACUCUCUGCAAGGAGCUCCAGCUGGAUCCAUUUGAGGAGGAGGAGGAGAGCACCAUCCUGCAGCUGGAGAAGGACUUGCGCACCCGCCUGGAAGUGAUGCUGAAGCAGAAGAGAGAGAGGAAGCAGGAGCUGAAAACUCUGCAAGAACGUGACCAAGACUUGUGUGACCUUCUCUGCAUGACCCCGUACAGCAUCGACAGCAACUCUGUGCCCAGCCUGGAGGAGCUCGACUGCUUCAGACGCCACCUGGCCGCGCUGGCUGCUGAGAAGGAGCGCAGGAGAGAGGAGUUCAUCAGCGUCAAGCGGCAGAUCAUUCUGUGCAUGGAGGAGCUGGAUCAUGUCCCUGACACCAGCUUCGAGCGGGAUGUGGUGUGUGAAGAUGAGGAUGCCUUCUGCCUAUCUAUGGAGAACAUUGCUGCUCUUAAAGAGCUGCUGCAGCAGCUGGAGGCCCGGAGAGCUUUAAAUGAAGCUGUUUGCAGUGAGCUGCGCUCCAGAAUUGUGGAGCUCUGGGACAGGCUGAAGGUGCCUGCGGAGGAGAGAGAAGCCUUUGCCACAUAUAUGACCGGAUCCAGAGCCAAAACCAGGAAAGCCCUGCAGUUCGAGGUGGACCGUCUGGAGGAGCUGAAGCUGCAGAACAUGAAGACUGUGAUUGAAGCAAUCAGAGCAGAGCUGGCCGCUUACUGGGACAAAUGCUUUUACGGCACUGAGCAGAGACAAGCUUUUGCCCCUUACUACGAGGAGGACUGCACCGAGGCCCUGCUGCAGCUCCACGACGCUGAGGUGGGGCGUGUGAAGCAUUACUACGAGACACACAAAGAACUCUUUGAAGCUGUUCAGAAAUGGGAGGAAAACUGGAGGCUUUUCCUGGAGUUGGAGAGAAAAGCAACGGACCCAAGUCGCUUUGCUAACCGAGGGGGCAACCUCCUGAAGGAAGAAAAGCAGCGAGCGAAACUGCAGAAGACUCUCCCCAAGCUGGAGGAGGAGCUGAAAGUUCGGAUUGAGGCCUGGGAACAGGAGCAUGAGGAGGCCUUCUUGGUGAAUGGGCAGCGGUUCAUGGAAUACGUGAGCGAGCAAUGGCAGCUGCAUCGGCUGGAGAAAGAGAAGGAGAAGCAGGAACGGCAACUGAAGAAGAGUCGUCAGAUUGAGGAGGAGAUGAUGUAUGGCAGCGUCCCGAGGACACCCAGCAAGCGCCGGGUCCUAGGCACCAACACGCCUGGCAAAGUGAGGAAGCUCAAUGCAACUUCCUGUGCCACUCCCAACAGCACGCUCCGUUCCGCCUUUGGGGGGACGCUCUUCCACUCCCCGGUGUCCCGGCCGCCGCCCUCCGGAGGCAAGCUCGGCCAGCCUGCUCGGACCCCCAGCCGCGUGGCCGUGAAGCCCCCUCGCACGGCACACGCAGAACGGAACAAGGAGAACAUAUCCCAGUUGAAUGGAACCACCCUGAGCGGUGGGUGCACCCCCACAGCCCCUGCCCAGCGUAACUACAGCAUUAACUCUGUUGCCAGCACCUAUUCUGAGUUUGCGCGCGAACUUUCAAAGGCUUCCAAAUCUGACACGAGCUCCCGGAUCCUGAACUCCACAACCACCAACAUCCACUGUUGAGGAGGACACAGCCAGAGGGUUCCAGCUCUUUAGACUUGCUGGGUCGCUGCUCUGGCACAGCAUGACUGGACAUGCAGCGCCUAAGUGUGCGUCCCUUCAGCUGGAGGUGAAAAUGGCAAGUGCCCCACACUGGAUUUUUAGCUGGGCCCUACAUGCUGCCGUGCGCCCACAGCAGGGCCCAUGGCCUGCGGGCAGCCAUCCCCACGGGAGAGGCAGGAGCACGCAGUGGGGGGAGGGAGACUUUUUUUUAAAAUGGUUUUUACUACAGUGACUUUCAGGUUUUUAUGUUAGAUGCAAUGUUUUAAAAAGCGCUGGGCUGCUCCUGCCCAGGGCUCCCUGCUCUUCAUACACUACUGCAUGGCCCGUGGAGCCCUGGAGUGGGGCAGCCAGAGCCUCCAAUGGCAACCUCUCCCCUGUGCCCCCCAGCUGCCCCUCUGCUUUGCCUGCCUGGGCUGACUGGUUAAUUCUUUGGUUCUCAGGCUGGGCUGCUGUCUGAGGUGCUGGAGCCCAUAGCAGCUUACUCAGUAUCGGUUCCCCUGCAUACUUACCUCUUCAGCUGAGCGUUUCCCAGCAGCAGGGCUAGGGGCUGGCUGGCUCCCAGGCAGCCGAGGGCUCCAGGACAGCACUGGUUUCUUAGCCUGCUGCCAGUAUGCUGUGUGGGGUGAAGCCAGUGCCUUGGACUAGCUGAUUGAGGCCCAUGCCUUGUCCUGCCCUGAGGGUGCAACCGUCCUGCUGGCCCAAGGCAUGGGUAUAAAGGGAGAGGGUCUCAGCCCUGAUCCAUAAAAAGGGUCGAGGGUGCUCGAGCCCCCGGCCAGCGGGCCUGUUCCAGCCAGGCCUGGGGGGGCUAAGCAUUCCCUACCAGGAUCCAUUCACUAGCACUGACUUGGGGCCAGGCACCCUGGCCCUUUCCCUGCCCUUCUAACGACAAAGGCAGCUGAGCUGGGGUGAGACUUGGCGGCUUUCACCUCCUACCUGCUAGACUAACUUGGCAGCACUGUAAAUGUAGAAACCCCCAGGUUAGGGCCUUGUACCUGUGCUGCAAGGGCACUCAGUCCCUAUGGCGACCGCUGUCUAGAGAGGGUAUGGGGAGUGUAGCUAUGUUGCUCAGAAGGUGGAUUACUGACACAAGUGGGGAGUGGAGCCUAGCCCAAGUCUUGAGGCCUCUUGGGGUUAUGAAUUGAGCAGCAGCCCAGCUUCCCCAGGCCCUGUGGCAGUAAUCCCCUUGGCCAGCCCCUGCCCCCUAGAGCAGGGGUUAGUAUGUACCCCCCCUAGGGCCUGUUCCCCAUGCAAGCUGCACCUUUCCA